CGCACCUGUAUUUCCGGUAUCCAUAAUGUCAACAAAAGUUCGGAACAUGCAGUUCUGAGCAAUUUUGUGUUUCAGCAAAAACAACAAAGAACUGUUUUUAACAUACUAUAAAUUUCCAGUACUAUAAUGGCAAAUAUAGCGGUAGCAAGAAUAAAGCGGGAGUUUAAGGAAGUUGUUAAAAGUGAAGAGGCAGCAAAAUGUGCUAUAAAAGUGGAAUUAGUGGAUAACAAUUUCACAGAACUAAGAGGAGAAAUUGCUGGACCACCAGAUACACCAUAUGAAAGUGGAACGUUUAUAUUAGAGAUUAAAAUUCCAGAGACGUAUCCAUUUAAUCCUCCCAAGGUCAGAUUUCAGACAAAAAUCUGGCAUCCAAACAUUAGUUCGGUCACUGGUGCUAUUUGCCUUGAUAUUCUUCGGGAUCAGUGGGCAGCUGCAAUGACUUUACGCACAGUUUUGUUAUCACUACAAGCUCUGCUAGCAGCAGCAGAGCCGGAUGAUCCACAAGAUGCAGUAGUCGCUAGGCAAUUUAAGGAAAAUUACGAGAUAUACGUAAAAACUGCAAAACAUUGGAGCUAUAAAUAUGCAGGAGCUCCAAAUAGAACACCAGAAUUGGAUUCUAAACUUAAGCAGUUAGCGGAUAUGGGAGUAGAUGAACAUCGAGCACGUGUAGCCUUAUCAUCAUGCGACUGGGACCUAGCGAGAGCAACGGAAACUAUCUUCAGUUGAACACAGCUGUUUCUCUUACGGUGGUAAAUGUGUUAUUUACUAGGCUUGUUGUCAUGUGAUAGUUAUCACCUGCUUUCUCUGCGUUUGUGGGAUGAAUUAUCUCUUGAAAAAAUACUUGUAAAAAAUUAAAUUCAGUUUCUAAAUUCAUGCAAGGCAUAACAACCCCUAUUAGCCUAUUGUGCAAUAGCACUCUUCACUUGUAUGGAUCUUCCAGCAGAUAGCAUAUAAUAUUUCCCUGUAAUUGUUUUUUUUUGGUAUAGCAUUGAAAAUAUUUAGAAUACCAUUUAAUUGGUCCUAGUUACACUUGUCAUUCAGAUUGAUAAAGCCAGGAUGGGAUGGUAUUAAGAGCACCUGAGAUUGAUUGAGCUCUGUUGCAAAAACAAUCUGAGUGUUUUGCUAAUUAUACACUGCAAUCAGUGUUUAGGAAAUUGCCUGCGAUUAAAAUGCAUUUGUGAAAAAUAAGGUAAACUGCUGUAGUUGGGUGGCAUAUAAUCAAAAAUAGAUUAAGCAGAAGUAGCGAAAGCAUAAAAAUAACCAAUAAAACGACCAUAACUCAGUGCUAAUUUUUUCACAGUUUUCCUACUCGCCUAAUUUCUUGUCUGUAUCAUCUUAGUUUUGCAAACCUUUUUUCCAGUACCAUAUUUUGCAUGUAACCUGUAGUGUUAGUUAAUGCAAUCUAUGGGAAAGGUAAAUAUUAGUACAUAGAUGUUAUAACUUUUCAUUUAUGUUCACAGCACAAACGUAUAACUGUUAAUAAUUUCUCUGUGAAUCGUUGGAGAUGUUUCCUUUCAAUUUGGUAGGUUUUCUUGGAUCAAUUCGAUUAUAAACUUUUUUUUGUUCUGAGGUCAUUGUGUUACUCUUGCCUGAUUUAUUGUUUAAGGUUAAUUGUCUUUACACCUGCAGGUUUUUAUUUUAUGCUAAUAAAGUUAAUUUCAGUUAGAUCCAAAAUAAGUUAUAAAUACUUACACUGACGAAAUUUUUGUCCAUUUCUCCGAUAGACUUCCUCAUCUAACUGAAAUUAACUUUAUUAGCUUGUGAACUAUAGAGAUCCGAUAAAAUUAUUCAAUCAACGUUCCUAUCUUAGUUAUUGACAUUGAUGCAUUACAGUACAAGGCAAGUUGGCUCAAAAUUUCAGGACACUAUUGGUUGAAUCACAUAGCAAGUGUGUAUCAAUCAAUAUAUGCCUUUUAUAGAGUGCAGUGAUGCUUUUACAGGCACUUGAGCAUAAGCGAAAAGUGUUGUACAGAAAGAACAAUAAAUUGCUUUUAGGACUAGUUGAGCAUGAAAAUACUGUUACUGAAUUGGGGUCGUUUUGUUGCCGGUCAUGCUUACGCUCUUCUGCUUGGUGUGUAUUUGCUUGUAUACUUUAUGAUGCACAGCUGUCAAUAUGAGGUACUGAGCUAUCAUUUGUGAAGGAUACUGCAAUCAGUAUGUAGCAGCGCAAAGUUGUAGCCAGUAAACGGCAUUCUUUUUUAUUUCAUGGAAGAAAGUGUGAGUGUACAUUACAGCUGAUAGGAGGAACCUUGGCAUUCACAAACCCGAAGUUUUCACUGUCAACUCUGCGCAUGAUAUUUUUGGCUUGAACUAUGAUUUCUGGAGAAAAAUGAAAGCUUACUAUAACCUGUUACUUGAACAGUAAAUGUUUUUGGCUUGUGGUCAUAUGAAGGCUUUAUGAAGUCAUCACACUGGGUGAAGAUUAAUUGUGGAGACCUCUAUUAACCUGCAGUUAAUAGAACUUGUGUUAUAUUUUUUUUCCCUCAUUUAAUGAUUUUUGUUUUUGAAGUUUUCCCUGAUUUUCAUUUGCUGAGACCUCUGGCCCUUAGGUCAUCCAUCAAUUCUCAGUCAUAUAAAAUGAUCUUAUUAUACGAUUGCUCCAAUUUUAGGAAAACUAUGUAUAACAUAUAUAACUUUUUCAUAUGAAAUAUUGCAUUCUCUUCCAUUCAUAUUGUAAAUAGAACGAGUUUGUUACAGCAAAAGUUAGGUAUUAAUUAUGGUUAUUAGACUAGCUAUCUAUACAGGUGUUACUUGUACAUUGCCUGCAUACCUAUUGCAGAAAUGAUGUCGUGUAUACCCAUAACUUGCCCACAGCAAAAAGAUGAUAAAGCCGAAUGCUAAACGAAUGUAGUGAGCAAAUGUAAAAAUGCGAGUUUUUAUUAAUUUCAAAACAUAAAAUGGUAUGCUGCAACUGCACCCCCAAACAGUAUAGACUCUUAUGGUUAGUGCCAGUAUAGCUGAGAGGGUCUAUGUCCCCCAGGGUACUGCCGGAACGUACCCUGGUACUAUCUAAUAUGCCGGACCGCAC